AUGUCAGAUCCAUUUUCAAUAAACGGUGGUGCCGCAGUCGCAAUGAUAGGUAAAGAUUGCGUUGCCAUAGCCAGUGACUUGCGUUUAGGUUCGCAAUCGCUUGGAGUGUCAAACAAUUUUGAAAAAGUAUUUGAAUUUGGCGAUAAAACCUACAUGGCAUUGACGGGAUUAGCCACCGACGUGAUAACAUUGCGCGAACUAUUCAAAUUCAAGACCAACUUGUAUAAAUUACGCGAAGAACGUAACAUUGAACCCUCGACAUUGGCCAAUCUCGUUUCAUCAUCAUUAUACGAACGCAGGUUUGGACCUUGGUUCGUUGGUCCUAUAGUUGCUGGAUUGAGUUCCAAAGAUAACAAGCCGUUCAUUUGUGGAUUUGAUUCGAUUGGGUGUAUUGACUUUAGUCAUGAUUUCAUUGUCAGCGGGACGGCAACUGAUCAGUUGUAUGGAAUGUGCGAGGGGUUAUAUGAACCCAAUUUGGAGCCGGAGGAUUUGUUUGAGACGAUAAGUCAGGCCUUGUUGAAUGCGGUGGAUAGGGAUGCGUUGAGUGGAUGGGGUGCUGUGGUGCAUAUUAUCACGAAGGAUAAAGUGAUUAAACGUGUUUUGAAAACUCGUCAAGAUUAA